GCGACAAAGGCUUCGAUAUCAACCCUUAUCUCGAAACCCUGACGGCUGGACAACGGCCAUGACUGACUCAGAAGUCAUCUUCGUACACGAAUCAGUCAACCGCCCUUUGCAAGAGAUCCGUCUUAUCUGCAUCCUCCCCGAGGCUCAUGGUCCAAUCAAUUGCAGACUAUAGCGUGUCAACCUCCAGUCCAACCAAACGCCCGAGUAUCAGGUUCUGUAUUACAUCUGGGGUUCACCAGAUCCUGUUCAAUAGAUCGCUGUGAAUAACCAAGCCUUCUAUGUACGACAGAAUCUCCAUGAUUUCCUUGAAGCAUUUCGGGCACGCCUAUACCGGUUUCAAGAUUGUAGUAACUACGAAAACGAGGUGCAAUGGCUGUGGAUCGAUCAAAUCUGCAUUGAUCAGUCGGUUAUUGAGGAAUGGAAUCACUAGGUCAAAAUGAUGUCGGAUAUCUACCGAAGAGCAAGCUACGUCUAUGUGUGGCUUGGUAAAUCUGACGACUACAUUGAAUUGGCGAUGAAGACAAUCAAAGCCGACUUCAGACAAUACUACGAUGCCGACCAUACGACGAAAAGAUCAGGGAAGCGCAGAAAACUGAGUCGCGAUAAGGAAGCAGAUCAGGACAACGAAUCGAUCUCUACCUCCGGUGAUGAGGGCUCAACAAACGAGCUUUUCGGAUCUGCCUUGCAACGCUUCUUCGAGAAUUCUUACUGGCUUUGACUCUGAUCGUCCAAGAGAUUAUGCUGGCCCGCUACAUUCGCGUUAUAUGCGGUGAAACACUACUUUCCUGGGAAAAAUUAAGACGUUUCUGCUCAUCAGGCCUAAAGCGUCUUUCCCAGGAACGGCGCUGGCCGUGCCAUCACAGGUGAUCUGGCUUACUCGACAUGCUUUA